AAAACCAUGUCUUUAUCAUUUGAAGCUGCCUCUAACGAAGGACCCGGCUAUGUUGGUAUUCGCUUUUGUCAAGAAUGCAACAACAUGUUGUAUCCCAAAGAGGAUAAGGAGAGCAAAGUCCUCAUGUAUGCCUGUCGUAAUUGUGACUAUCGUCAGGAAGCCGAUUCCAAUUGUAUUUAUGUGAACAAAAUUAUGCACGAAAUCGAUGAAUUAACUCAUAUUUGCCCCGAUGUCAUUUCGGAUCCCACCUUGCCGCGCACAGAAGAUCAUGAGUGCCCUAAGUGUGGUCAUCGUGAGUCGGUAUUUUUCCAGGCUCAAACUCGACGCGCUGAAGAGGAAAUGAGAUUGUACUAUGUUUGUACCAAUCAAAAUUGUACUCAUCGUUGGACUGAGUAAACGAUGUGGGGCUUUAGGGGGAGGAGAUCUAAAUUUAAUGGUUUUUGUUGUUUUAAAGUUGUUUUAUCAACACUUUACUUUAAUUAACUUUUAGCUUUUGAUAUUUUUAAAUAUUUUACAAAAUUUUUAAUUUAAAUGUACUAACUUUAGUUUCUCUUUAUUUCAAGAAAAGUCCAACAUUAAAGCCCCGUUUUAAAUUUAUUAUUUAACUAAAACU